AUGGCCGCGCGCGCUGCGAUCCCAGUCCGGGCGGCGGCGGUGCCUGCUCGCUGGCUCGGCUGCAGCAGCCGCGGCGGGGCGGGGCCGAGCGCCCGAGAGCCGCCACUGCGCGGCCUGGUGCGGGGCCGGAGGGUCCUCUGGGGCCGGACGCCCGCUCGGGUCCCCGAACGGCCAGCGCCCCGCCCUCCGCGGGAAACCCCGCCCCCCACGCCCGGCGCCCCCGGCCCCUCACAACCUCUACUGGGCUGGAUCACUGGGAGAGUGGGAUCCUCCCAGGACCUCAAUAGGGCACCUGUCGGCCAGGACCUCCAGGGCCAGGCAGGCAAUGGCCUCUUUGGGACCAACGCUUGUUCCACCAAAUUCCUGACCACGGCCACCCAGACUGCAACUCGGGUCUGCAAACAUUUAUUGAGCACCUACCCUGUGCCAGGUUACUGUGCUGCUGAUACCGAAGUGAGCAAGUCAGACAAAAGCCUGCCCUUGAAGGGCUUAGGAGAGGAAGCUCAGCUGGUGGCUACACUGCAGGCAACGUCGGUGAAGGAGAGAAACCGUUUUGGGGGCAUUUUUUGAGACCAUGUGGUGGAUACCCGACAGUACUUGGACCAUGUGAGAGAGUCCACGGCAGGCACGCAGGGUAGACCCAUAAAGCUAUUCACAAACCAUUUCCGAGUGACAUCUCGCCCCCAGCAGGUCACAUAUAAGUACAACAUUGACUACAUGCCAGACAUUGAGGAUGGAAAAGUUCGUACAGAACUGCUUUUUCAGCAUAAAGCAUUAAUUGGAAAGUGUCAAUUUGAUGGAAGCUCUUUAUUAUUACCUCACAAACUACUAUCACCAAAAAUGGAAUUGGUCAGCCUGUUGAAAAAACAGGUUGUGAAGGUGACCAUUGAAUUCACCAGUGAACUCAUGCCCACCUCGCUGGACUGUUUACGCUAUUACAACAUCAUUUUUAGAAGAAUUUUGAAGAUGAUGGAAUUGGAGCAAGUUGGUCGCAACUAUUAUAACAAGCGUGAGGCCACUGAGUUCAGCGAUCAUAACCUGGUAAUCUGGCCUGGAUAUGUUACUUCUAUUCUUGAGUAUGAAACCAGCAUUACCCUCUGUGCUGAUGUGAACCAUAAACUGGUCCGAAUGCAAACGGCUUAUGAUUUAAUAUCGGCUCUUCGUGAUGGCUUCCCCGCAAAGCAAGAUCUUCAGGAGCAAGUUUCUAAACAAUUAGUCGGAUCAAUUGUUUCUACAGUAUUUAACAACAAAACCUAUAGGGUGGAUGAUAUUAAUUGGGAGGAGACUCCCAGAACUACAUUUAAAACAUCAGAUGGUGCCAAAAUCACCUUUGUAGAGUACUACAAGACGCGAUAUGAUCAAGUGGUCACUGAACUUAAUCAGCCACUCUUGAUCAGCAAAGGCAAAUGGAAAAAGAGCCAACAGGACACACCCCAUGAGCCUGUACUGCUGGUUCCUCAGCUAUGCAACCUGACAGGUCUAACAGAUGAUCUGUGCAAAAAUUACAGGGUGAUGAGAGACUUGGCUCUUCAUAUGAGGUUGGAUCCAGAAAAAAGGCAGCACGAAUUACAAAAAUUGAUGAAUGCUAUACAGACAAAUAAGGAGGUACAACAGGAACUUCAACUCUGGGAUUUGAAAUUUGAUGCCAGCUUCUUGUCCUUCUCAGGAAGAAUCUUGAAAGAAGUAAGAAUUUUUCAAGGAAGACGAGUGUUUGACUCCCACCCACAAUUUGCAGAUUGGUCAAAAGAGACAAGAAGUGGACCCUUACUCAAUGUGAAGUCACUAGAUCAUUGGCUAAUACUCUAUCCUACAGGAAACUACAGAGCAGCCUCCUCCUUUCUACAGAGUCUACGAAGGGUCACACCCACCAUGGGCAUCUCUAUGAGAGAGGCAAAAAUUGCUCCACCUACAGUUUCCUUGAUGUGGCUUCCAGUUCUUCUAGCACUGUGGUGGCGUCCUGGACUUUUGCUUUCUUUCAAGGUCGUUUGCGUGCUGUCCAGUGAAAAGAAAGACCUGUAUGAUAGCAUAAAACAAUACCUGUGUGUCAGUUGCCCAAUCCCAAGCCAGUGUGUCAUCGCACGGACCUUAGACAAACCUCAGACGCUGAUGACCAUCGCGACAAAGCUUGCCCAGCAGAUGAACUGCAAGAUGGGAGGUGCCCUCUGGAAGGUGGACACAGGAUUACAGAAUACGAUGUUCAUCGGUAUCGACUGUUUCCACAAUUUUGUACGUCGGCGGAAGUCUAUUGCAGGCUUUGUGUCCAGCGUCAAUCAAGAAUUGACACAGUGGUUCUCUCAGUGCCUCUUCCAGGAAUCGGGGCAGGAGCUUGUGAAUGGGCUGAAAGCCUGCUUGGAAGCCGCCCUGAAGCUCUGGUGUAAACAUAACCUGUUUCUGCCACAAGCUAUCAUCGUGUACCGGGAUGGAGUCGGGGACGGUCAGCUUCAAGCAUUGCUGGACCAUGAAGUACCACAGAUCGAGUCCUCCUUAAAAUCUGUGUACCCUAAAGACUCUGGGGUCAAACUAACUUUCAUCGUGGUGAAGAAACGAAUAAACACCAGAUUUUUUGUGGAGUCUGAAGGAAGACUUCGAAACCCACUUCCAGGAACAGUUACUGAUGUGGCAGUGACCAAAAGGCAAUGGUAUGAUUUCUUUAUCGUGAGUCAGUCCGUGAAAGAUGGUACUGUCACCCCCACUCAUUAUAAUGUCAUCCACGACACGGUUCGCUUCACCCCAGAUAGGAUACAGUGUCUCACCUACAGACUAUGCCACAUGUAUUAUAAUCUGCCAGGUGUCAUUCGAGUUCCUGCUCCUUGUCACUAUGCCCACAAACUGGCUUACCUUGUGGGCCAGAGUAUUCACCAAGAACCACACCAUUCCCUGGCAAGCCGUCUCUUCUACCUGUGA